ACCACUUUUGUUCCUUUUUUUAAACCAGAUUUUCUGAAUUACUUGCACUUUUAGGGCUGUUUUAUUUUUGUUUCCAAGCUCAUGUGCCAAAAGACUUGAAUCACUGCCAGCGUGGUAUUUAAUUUUCCAAUUAUCCUUUAUCAAUGAACUUUGUACACAGAGUCAAACGGCCUCAUUAGGUAAACAGCAGCACCGCGAAUAUAUAAACACACACCUAAGGAGUGCGACACCAGUUGAAAGUCAGCAAGAGGUGCGAAAUGUCGUCCAAGCCGACUAAUGUGCUCAUCACCGGGGCCAACAGAGGCUUAGGCCUGGAGAUGGUCCGACAAAUGGCAGAGGACAAGGGUCAAGUGAAGAAAUUGUUUGCUUGCUGCAGAGAACCAAGUGGACCAAAAUCUGAGGGCUUGCAAACAUUGGCUAAGAAGCAUUCGGAUAUCAUCAUCAUCAUCCCCAUGGAUGUCAGUGACCUGGACAGCAUAAAAGAGGCGGCCAAACUGAUCGGUCCCCAACUGGGUGCGGAGGGCCUCAACCUGCUCAUCAACAAUGCCGGAAUCGUCGGCGAUAUUCAUAGCAGACUGCAGGAAAUUGCUCCCAAGGACGUGCAAGAUGUCUUCAAUGUCAAUUUCAUGGGGCCUCUGAAUGUUAUUCAAGAGUUCCUGCCACAUCUUCGGGCGGCGGCGACGGUCAGCGGGACUACAGGGAUGUCUUGCAGCAAAGCGGCUGUCAUUAACAUCUCGUCAUGCAUGGGCUCAAUAACAAGCGCAAUGAGAUACGACUCAUCCGUGCCUUGUGUACCAUACCGCAUCAGCAAGGUUGCUUUGAAUAUGCUAACAGUGUGCGCUGCAGAGGAGAUGAAAAAGGAUGAAAUCUUGUUUGCAGUGCUGCGCCCUGGAUGGGUGCGCACAGAAAUGGGCGGGCCACAGGGGCAUAUUGAUGUUGAGGAGAGCGUGAAUGGGAUGCUGGAAGUGAUGGCCUCUAUGAGCGAAGAGCAUAGUGGAGCCUUUCUAGAUUAUAAACACAGAACCAUUCCUUGGUAGCUUAACAUAAACAUCAACACAAAUGAUUUAAAUAUAUAAAUUGACUUGUAACUUUCUGUCCUACAUUGUUGCUUGUUUCUUUAAAUGGGCUGAACAGUAAUCUGGAUGUAGGAAGUGAUUGGACAGUGAAGUCUGAGGCCACAUCGCAUGAUUUUCUCAAUGUCUAUCCCUUUUUCCUCCACUUCAAAACAAAGAAUAACGUCUCCAGUACGUGUGCUUAUAGGUGUGUCGAUGUCGUCACUUAAUGUAUAUAAUCUACAACCAGUUCACUUCCGACAAAGCAAAUGACAGCCAGGAGGCUAGCUGCUCUGUGUGCUGCCUACAAGGCAUAACAUCAGUCAACAUUUAAUACAAACAUCUCAUUAGAAUACA